AUGGCGCCUGAAAAACAACGUUCACCACGUAUUCUCGCUUGUGUACUCUGUCACCAACGCAAGAAGAAGUGCGAUCGCAAAAGGCCAUGUUCGUUUUGCACCAAGGCCGGAAUAGAAUGCAUCCCAAGUACGCCAGCUCCCAAGCGCAGUCAUCGCAAACCUGUCAAGGAAAUAUUGGCACGGUUGGACCGUUGUGAGGAGCUUUUGAAGAAAUGUAAUUGCGUGCAAAAGCCUUGGAAGUACGUUUCGCCGAAGAUGGGUAAUAUCAUGGUGGACUAA